UAGAGAAAGUAUGCAAUGCAUACUGCUCUGGUGCAACCCCCCACUAUACUGCAUCUGGGGUAUUCGUGACUGGACGUCUGGGGGAUCACACACAUUUCCGAUUAGGAAGGAGAGAGAGAGACGAAGAGAGAGAGAGAGAGGGAGGGAGGGAGUGAGGGAGAGAGAAACAGAAAGAGAGAGGGAGAGAGAGAGAGAGAGACUGAUUACCAUUUCAAUCCAGCCAAUGAGACAGGCGAUACACUAAGAUUUUCAUAGUUGUGCAGGAGCACAAAGUGAGCGGAGUGUGUGUGAACUUCCAGGUAAAGCUGCAAACCGACCUAAGCCCCAGAGGCCUCUGCUCCAGGCUUUGAUGCCAACACCCUCUAAAGCAGGUGGACAGACGCAGGAAUGAGCGACAGUGGGACCAAAGAGCCAUCUCCUCAGUCGAGCACAGCCCAGUCGCCUGAGGAGCCCCAGCGCAGGGGUCGGGGCCGGCCUCGAAAACAGCAGCAGGAGCCCGUUGGACCACCGACCCCAAAGAGGCCGAGAGGACGACCAAAAGGCAGCAAGAGCAAAGGCCCCAGAACUGCACUGAAGAAAGUAGAGCCUGUUGGACAGAGGCGACCACGAGGGCGACCGAGAAAAUGGCCCCGGAAAGUUGUUCCAGAAGUGACUGAAGAGCAGCAGGGCCCUUCGGAGGAGGCCGAGGAGGGCCCCUAUUCAUCUCAGGUGCCUGCUCAUGAGGAAUCGGAGUAGAUGGGAUCCCUCUCUACCUACCUCGGUGUUUGGCCUCAAGCAAACAGGGGUACAAUCUGACUCCCUAUCUGUGAUGGGAAAUCAGGAACACACACACUUACACACACUCACACCCAAAAAAGAAAAUCCUCGCAGACAGCAGUUUCCUCUCCUGAUCUAAACAGCACCAUGGAUUUGUUGUUGCUUUGAGUAUCUGAUCGUUUGAGCCUUUGUAAAGGCAUGGUUCCAGCUUUUGGGAAAAGUAUCUGCAGAGUUGCUGAAUA